AAUUUGUGACAAAGACUAUUUAUUGAGGAUUUGACCCUCCAUUUCUAGCGUGCCAGACUAUUACAACUACAAGCGCCAAACCACCGCCGUUUAAGCCUUCCAAUUUCCAUCACCGUCUCUCUCUCCUCUCUUUCUCUCAGAAGGAAGCCGGAACAAAGUAUAUGUCGAGCUUACAUCCGUCGAUCAAUUACAUGAAAGCCGCUCCGUUUGAGGUUCCAGCCACCUCUUCCGCCGCUGCUAACAAUGACCGGAAUGUUCCAUCAGUCGAACAGCUUGUUCUUGACCUAUGCAACCCCGAUCUCCGCGAAAACGCUCUUCUCGAACUCUCCAAGAAGAGGGAGCUGUUUCAGGAUUUGGCUCCAUUGCUAUGGAACUCCUUUGGUACACUUGCUGCUCUUCUACAGGCAUUCUAGUCCGACAUCUUUCAUUAUUGCGGCUGUCCUUUUCAAUGUGUUUUUGGGACCUCCCACAGGAAAUAGUUUCUAUUUACCCAGUGUUAUCUCCACCAAAUCUAACUCCUGGGCAGUCAAACAGGGUUUGCAAUGCACUCGCCCUUCUUCAGUGUGUGGCCUCACAUCCAGAUACAAGAAUGGUGUUCCUCAAAGCUCACAUUCCUCUGUACCUGUAUCCUUUUCUUAAUACCACCAGCAAAACUCGCCCAUUUGAGUACUUGAGGCUUACUAGUCUAGGAGUCAUUGGUGCUCUGGUGAAGGUUGACAACACUGACGUUAUCAGUUUCCUUCUCUAUACUGAAAUAAUUCCCUUGUGCUUGCGGACAAUGGAAAUGGGAAGUGAACUAUCAAAAACAGUAGCAACAUUUAUUGUGCAGAAAAUUUUGCUUGAUGACGUGGGAUUGGAAUACAUAUGCGCUACAGCAGAGCGAUUCUUUGCUGUAGCUGGGAUUCUGUCAAACAUGAUUAUUGCACUUGCUGAACAGCCUUCUGCUCGACUGUUAAAGCACAUUAUCAGGUGCUUUCUUCGUUUGUCUGAAAAUCUAAGAGCUUGUGAAGCACUCAAGAAUUGUAUGCCUGAAAUGCUCAAAGAUGGAACAUUUAGCAGCUGCCUUCUUGAAGAUGUAACUACGAGAAGGUGGUUACAACAAUUGCUUCAUAAUGUGCUAGGGCAUCGGGUAGCCAUUCAAGCAGGAGGUGGAUUUGAUAUCGUCAAUCAUGGCUAGAUCUAGUUUACUCAUCGCUCAUGUGCUUAGCUAAAGAGUUGCAGACAGUUUUUGAAGAUUUGCAGGCAGCUCUUGCUUUGCCUCAUACUACAGUACAACCGAUUUUUGCUAUAAUAAUACUGGAGAAGUGUCGCUUUGACUAGGAAGUUCGGGUUUAAUCUUUGGAGAUAUUGUCGUCUUUUGAUAUUGUUUGUAAUGAUAUAUAUAUCUUGAAGACAAAUAUUGUACCAGAUAUAUAGGGAAUGUUGUCUUGUUUUCUUGAAAUCGUCGUCGAUAUAAUAGAAAGCUCCAUUUGGCAUCA